UGCGUGAGCCGCAGAGCUGUGCUCAGCUGAGGGGCUCGGAGAUUAAAGAGUGCGCGUGCAGGAAGAGAGGCUCGGUGCACCCGCACCGCUGCGUUCCUUCGGUGAUGUGGAGGGAGAUGCAGCUCGAAUUUUUGUUUAGUCUCGGGGGGCUGGAGGCGGAGAAGCUGUGACAAACGACGAAGAUAAACGGGGAGGGAAGGAGGGGGGAAAGAGGAGGAGCGCCGAGGGCAGAGGCUCAGAGCGAGGUUCCCGGAGCAGCCUCGUGGCGCUCCGCCGCCCUUCGCGGAGCUGGUAUGCGGUAGGGCCGGGCCAUGUAUUGGAAGAGCGACCCGAUGUUCGUGUGCAGGCUGGAGGAUAAGGACCUGCCCGCGCUCGGCGGCCCCUCGGAGAAGGAGAGCCCCGCGGCGGCAGACGAGGACUCCUGCUCUUCCUCCGCCGCCCUGUCGCCCUCCUCCUCGCCGCGGUCCAUGGCCUCUGGCUCCGGCUGCGCCCCCAGCAAGUGCGUGUGCAGCAGCUGCGGCCUGGAGAUCGUGGACAAGUACCUGCUGAAGGUGAACGACCUCUGCUGGCACGUUCGCUGUCUCUCGUGCAGUGUUUGCAGAACGUCCCUCGGCAGGCACACCAGCUGCUACAUCAAAGAUAAGGAUAUCUUCUGCAAACUUGAUUAUUUCAGGCGGUACGGCACGCGCUGCUCCCGCUGUGGGAGGCACAUUCAUUCCACAGACUGGGUCCGAAGGGCUAAGGGAAAUGUGUACCACUUGGCGUGUUUCGCCUGCUUCUCCUGCAAAAGACAGCUUUCUACCGGAGAGGAGUUUGCUUUGGUUGAAGAGAAAGUCCUUUGUAGAGUACAUUAUGACUGCAUGUUGGACAAUCUGAAAAGAGAAGUUGAAAACGGUAAUGGGGUUAGUGUGGAAGGAGCACUGCUAACAGAACAAGAUGUUAAUCAUCCAAAGCCAGCAAAAAGAGCUCGGACCAGCUUCACAGCAGAUCAACUCCAGGUUAUGCAAGCACAGUUUGCUCAGGACAACAAUCCAGACGCACAAACGCUUCAGAAACUGGCAGAAAGAACAGGCCUGAGCAGGCGCGUUAUACAGGUGUGGUUUCAGAAUUGCAGAGCACGCCAUAAGAAACACGUUAGUCCUAACCAUUCAUCUGCUGCUCCAGUCACAGCAGUUCAGCCCUCCAGGCUGUCUCCACCCAUGCUAGAAGAAAUGGCAUAUUCAGCAUAUGUACCCCCAGAUGGGACUAUGUUAACUGCCCUGCACAGUUACAUGGAUGCUCAUUCACCUACAGCUCUUGGACUCCAGCCUUUGCUACCCCACUCAAUGACACAACUGCCAAUAAGUCAUACCUAAUUUCUUUCUGUCAGGGAUAUAAGCUACUAAGGAUGUAAGCUUAAGUCACUUACUGUGUAUGAAAGUUACCGUUGGAAAGAUACUAAUGUUAACUUUUUAGUUAACAACUAAAACAUUUUCAAGAACGUUUUU